CGUCUUGAUGUAUCACAUAUCAUAAUUUUUUUAUAAAGGACACGGUUUGAAUAUGAUAUUUUCACUUUCGUCUCGGCGGUUUAAAGUGUGGAUAUGUCGACAUACGGAUCAUGCCAUCCCAGAAGACGCUGUUAACGUGCUCUGAAAGCUCUUCUAACCCGGAUCCUCUAAAAACCCUCUGAAGCUAUCGUCCUCCUUCUCUCAAAGGAAAUCUGCUCAUCCUGGGACUCAGGACAAAUGGACAUCUCUGGUUCAACUUCCCUUUCCUCCUCCCCUUCUCCUUCCAUCACGUUUCCUGUUCUCCAUAAUCUCUCAGUUCCCUCUUCGUCUCCCUCUCUCUCUCCAUCCCCAAGUGUAGCAUCCACUGCUCUCUUCUGCCUUUUCCUAUCCCUCCUAUCCCUGCUGGGAAUUCUGGGAAACCUGUACACUCUAUGGCUCCUCAUUCGCCGCCACAGGAUGUCGAGAAGGCGGCAUACAGCUCCAUGUUGUUACACCCUCUCGUGCCUCAGCCCCUCUUCCCCUUCUUUUUCUCCUUCCUCCUCUCCCACCUCAUCCUCCUCCUCUUCCUCCCUGCACUUGCAGGUUCUGAGUCUAGCUUUAGCGGACUUGGUGUACCUGUCCACUGCCCCUUUUAUCGUGUAUGACAGCCUGGCGUCUGACUGGGCCUUUGGUGAACUUGGCUGUCGGCUCCUGCUCAGUUUGGACCUGCUCACCAUGCACGCGAGCAUCUUCACCCUCACGGCCAUGAGUCUGGACCGGUAUCGAGCCGUUGCCGAUCCGUUGCAAGCCUCCUCCACGCCUUCUUCCGGAUUGCUGAGAGUAGCUUUGGCCUGGGGCUUUGCCGUAGCUCUCAGUUUGCCCAUGAUGAUCUCCUUGCACCUUGAAGAUGGAGAGAACCAAGAGGGAAAAUUGUGCGUGCCUGCCUGGGAUGAGCAGAGCUCCAAAGCUUACCUCAGUGUGCUCUUCUGCACCAGUAUCCUAGGGCCAGGACUGGCCAUCGGAGCUUUGUAUGCGGCCUUGGGGAGACUGUAUUGGGUAUCCCAGACUCAGCCGGCUUGGGCAGGGGGUGGUAAUGCCUACCCGCCUCGUGCACCUCGCCCCAAAGUCCUUCUCCUCAUCUUGGGCAUUGUAAUGACGUUCUGGGCAUGCUUUCUUCCAUUUUGGAUCUGGCAGCUUCUUCCACUGUACCGUCCGGAUGUGCUGCGUGCCGUGCCAGUGGGCACGCAGGUGACUGUUAAUCGUAUCCUCACAGGGUUGACUUACGGAAACUCAUGUGUGAAUCCGUUCUUCUAUACACUGCUGACGGGCAAACGCAGACGGACGAGCAGGAAGAUGAUAAGUGCAGCUGCCCCACUUUGCCAUAAGGGCAGCUCGGAUCCGCAAUAACAAUUGUUUUGUCCACCAACAGUCUACAAAGCCCAUGAACAAUGUGACUGUGGACAGAUAUCUUUAUUACAUAUUAGCUUGGUGCUUAAGGGUUACCGUUUAUAGCUUUAUACAUGUAUAUAUAGCAAUACUGUCUUUCUG